AGAGCAACAAUCACAUACAGUCUGCUAAAGUGUUUUUGUGAAUUCACACAGUUCACAUACGAUUGCUUGAUACAUACAAUAGUGCAUAAUAAUAUUAAUUAAUUAUUAAUAUAUCCUUACGGUAGACAAAUAACUAGAACCUAAAAUGAAGAAGUGCAUGUUUGUUCUUGUUGCGCUUUUUGGAGCCGCCGUUGCCCAAGACAACUUCAAAUGUCCCGAUGAUUUUGGUUUCUAUCCACACGAUAUCUCAUGUGAUAAAUACUGGAAGUGCGACAAUGGUGUAUCUGAAUUGAAAACAUGCGGUAAUGGUUUGGCCUUUGAUGCUACAGAUUCAAAAUUCUUGACUGAGAACUGUGAUUACUUGCACAAUGUUGACUGUGGCGAACGUACACAAUUGGAACCUCCAAUUUCCACCCCACACUGCGCUCGUUUGUACGGUAUCUUCGCUGAUGAGGCUAAAUGCGAUGUCUUCUGGAACUGUUGGAACGGUGAAGCCUCAAGGUACCAAUGUUCACCCGGAUUGGCAUACGACCGUGAAGCUCGUGUCUGCAUGUGGGCCGAUCAAGUUCCAGAAUGCCGUAACGAAGAAGUUGCCGGAGGUUUCACUUGCCCAGCUGCUGGAGAACUCGCCAACACUGGAUCUUUCUCAAGACACGCUCACCCAGAAGAUUGCCGUAAAUACUACAUCUGCUUGGAAGGAGUUGCCCGUGAAUACGGAUGCCCAAUUGGUACAGUAUUCAAAAUUGGAGAUACUGAUGGAUCAGGAAACUGCGAAGAUCCAGAAGAUGUCCCCGGAUGCGAAGACUACUACGGUGACUUGGAUUUGAAGAGCAUUCGCAAGAGCGAACUUUUGGCCGGACUCCAGAGCUCUGAGGGACGCCAAGCUAACGCUAAGCCCCUCAAGCCAAGACCAGCUCCAGCUGAGAAAGCGUAAUUCUACCUAACUUCAUCAUAGUUUUUAUUAGUUUUGCACGGAACCAGUAGGGCUUCGUGAGAUAAAAUACUGAAAACAGAAAAAGAACAAAAACGAAAUAUUUUGUUUAUAUGAAAUUGUUAACUAAACGGAAAACAAAACAAGAAAUUUUGAAAAGUUGUUAAAUAUAUUAUUUUUUUUUCUUGUUUACCAAGUCAACCAAAACACAAAAAUUAAUUCUGAAAAUAUUAUAAAAAAAUGUGAAAAUUGUUGAAAUUUAUUUUUUAUACCAUAAUAAGAAUAUUUUAUAUAUUCUCUGUAAGUUAAGCGAAAACAAACUCAAAACCAACUCAACUGAAAUACAAUCAUGCACACAGGUUUAUCUAGAAGCAUAAAACAACAAUGAGUUACAAAGCCGAACAGAUCACUGUAAAAAUUUUUGUUUGAAAAAGAUACUAAACUCAUAUUUACAUAACUGAGAGACUGCUUUUAAGAUUAGGAGCUAUAUGAUAAAUUUUAGUGAAUUUUACAUACGAGAGAUGGUACUAUAAACUGAACCCUUCAGUUUGAAAUAAUACUCAAUAACACGAAAACUGUCCUUACUUUUCAAAUGGGAACAGCGACUAGAUUAUCUUUUUCUUUAACAAACUUCUUUCAAUUUCCUUCGUAGAAUACAAUCUUUUCUUAUUUUUACUCAGCACAUGUAUCACAAAUCCUUAGCAUUCAUAGCGACUUCAAAAACUUUUAAAUUGUCUUUAAUUCAUAUC